ACUAUGGACGCUUUUAGUUGCAGAAGCGAGAGGAAAUAGGGAGAUCCCGACACGCUUUUCUCUCCGCCGCAGUCGCGCCGUGAAUCUUCGUUCCGCCUUCUUCGCCGAUUUCUUCCGCCUCCGUAGUGAGAAGCGAGUGAGACAUCUUUUCCCAUGGCCGCGAUCGGGCGUGGGAUUUUGAGGAGGGGGAUCGUCGGCUUGCCGGCGGUUGGAUCGGGGUCGGCCGCUCGAUCCAUGGCUUCCUGGUUUGGCCACGUCGAACCUGCGGCCAAGGACCCGAUCCUUGGUGUCACCGAGGCCUUCCUCGCCGAUCCUAGUCCCGAAAAAGUCAAUGUUGGAGUGGGAGCUUAUCGUGACGACAACGGGAAGCCGGUGGUUCUUGAAUGCGUCAGAGAAGCAGAACGUAGGAUCGCAGGACGCCUUAACAUGGAGUAUCUUCCCAUGGGAGGAAGCAUUAAGAUGAUUGAGGAAUCACUGAAACUUGCUUAUGGGGAUGAUUCUGAGUUCAUAAAAGACAAAAGAAUUGCGGCUGUUCAGGCUCUUUCUGGAACAGGUGCAUGCAGGCUUUUUGCUGACUUCCAAAAGCGUUUCCUACCUGACUCACAGAUUUAUAUACCGAUACCAACUUGGUCUAACCACCAUAACAUAUGGAGAGAUGCUAAUGUUCCACAAAGGACUUUCCGUUAUUACCACCCUGAUACAAAAGGACUUGACUUUGCAUCUAUGAUGGAUGAUAUCAAGAAUGCUCCAAAUGGUUCAUUCUUCUUGCUUCAUGCAUGCGCUCAUAAUCCAACAGGAGUUGACCCUUCUGAGGAACAGUGGAGAGAGAUAUCUUAUCAGUUCAAGGUUAAGAAGCACUUCCCAUUUUUCGACAUGGCAUAUCAAGGUUUUGCUAGUGGUGAUCCAGAGAAAGAUGCCAAAGCAAUUCGAAUUUUCCUUGAAGAUGGACACCAGAUUGGUUGUGCCCAAUCAUAUGCAAAAAAUAUGGGACUGUAUGGACAAAGGGCUGGAUGCCUUAGUAUCCUUUGUGAAGAUGAGUUGCAAGCAGUAGCUGUGAAGAGCCAGUUGCAACAGAUAGCUAGGCCCAUGUAUAGCAACCCUCCAGUUCAUGGUGCGCUAGUUGUUUCAACAAUACUAGGUGAUCCGGAGCUAAAAUCUCUGUGGCUGAAGGAGGUUAAGAGUAUGGCUGACCGCAUCAUUGGAAUGCGAAAUGCACUUCGUGAAAAUCUUGAGAAGUUGGGUUCACCUUUGUCUUGGGAGCACAUAACAAAUCAGAUUGGGAUGUUCUGCUACAGUGGUAUGACACCUGAACAAGUGGAUCGCUUGACCAAUGAAUUCCACAUAUAUAUGACACGCAAUGGUCGAAUCAGUAUGGCUGGUGUCACGACGGGCAACGUUGGCUACUUGGCAAAUGCCAUCCAUGAGGUCACAAAAUCCUCGUAAACUCAAUUUUGCCGCAUCUGAUACCAAAGCUUCACCAAAGUAGUGAAUAAAGAGGUUUCAGAAAGAAACUCGCUUUUUUGACAUUCCAGUUUGUUGGAUAUUUAACUGGAAAGUAACUUGAUUUCUCCUGUUUUUCAAACAUGUACCAGUUCAACAUGUACCAGUUCAUGCCUUUUUGAUUUCAGAUGAAUCUCAAAUUGACUGACUGUGGAACUAAAGUUUCACCUCACAAUCAUUGUCAAACACAUGACUUUCAUUUAUUGUGGUAAAGGUUUAGCCCCUUCGCUGGAGUA